AUGCAUCAUUGUGCAUGUGCGGAUGCGUAUGUAUAUACAUGUGUAUGCGAAAUCAAUGGUGGGUUUAUUCUAGGACCAAGACUGUGUCAGCUACUGACACGUGUAAUCGUCCUCAACUGCCAUCACCACACUUCACUCUUCUUUUCUCGUUCAUUUGGAUCGCUCUCUGUCAACCUCUGCAUUUCUAACCCCAUUCCAACCUUUUCAUCUCGCAUCAACGAGUGUAUCAAAAAGAACUCGCUGGCGAAUUUUGGAGAAGUUUUCUAUCGUUUUGCCAUGAGAGGAAGACAGCGGGUAGCAUCCAAGGAUCACAUAUUUGGCCAAGAUAAAGAUGAAACUUUAGCUUCAGUGCGUGUAUCGAAUGCCAAACCAUGUUGGCGGCAUUCUUUUCGGCAUGUACUAGCGGCGUCUAUUUCUUCAUUCUUGUAUGGAUACCAUAUUGGAGUAGUCAAUGAAACAUUAGAAAGCAUUUCUAUAGAUCUUGGAUUUACUGGGAAUACAAUGGCAGAAGGUCUUGUAGUAAGUAUAUGUUUAGGAGGUGCUUUUAUUGGAUCUCUGUUCAGCGGAUGGAUUGCAGAUGGUGUUGGGCGUAGAAGAAGUUUCCAGUUGUGUGCUUUACCAAUGAUAAUUGGGGCUGGAAUGAGUGCAACAGCAAAAACUCUGUGGGGCAUGCUUCUGGGAAGGUUAUUUGUUGGUACUGGAAUUGGACUUGGUCCACCUGUUGCAGCUCUUUAUGUGGCUGAGGUCUCACCUCCAGCUGUUCGAGGUGCUUUUGGAGCCUUAACCCAAAUUGCGACAUGUCUUGGACUCAUGGGUUCUUUCUUUAUUGGAAUCCCGGCAAAGGAAAUAGUUGGUUGGUGGCGAAUUUGUUUCUGGGUAUCUGUCAUUCCUGCUACAAUACUUGCCCUUUUUAUGGAGAUCUGUGCAGAGAGUCCUCAUUGGCUUUUCAAGAUAGGAAGAACCACUGAAGCUGAAUCUGAAUUUGAGAAGCUCUUGGGAGGAGUACAUGUGAAAGCUGCAAUGACUGAACUGUCAAAGUCUGACAGAGGAGAUGGAUCUGAUACAGUAUCAGUAUCAGAUUUAAUCUGUGGCCGCUACUCCAGAGUGAUGUUCAUUGGAUCUACGCUUUUUGCGUUGCAGCAGCUAUCUGGCAUAAAUGCCGUUUUUUAUUUCUCUUCAACUGUCUUUGAAAGUUUUGGUGUACCAUCUGAUAUUGCAAACACAUGUGUAGGAGUCUGCAAUUUAUUGGGGUCUGUUAUUGCAAUGAUUCUGAUGGAUAAACUUGGAAGGAAAGUGCUUCUCCUGGGUAGCUUUCUGGGCAUGGCAUUAACGAUGGGUCUUCAAGUCAUGGCUGCUAGUUCUUUUGCGUCCGGAUCUGGCGCAAUGUAUCUAUCUGUUGGUGGCAUGUUACUGUUUGUGCUGUCAUUUGCUUUUGGUGCUGGUCCAGUUCCUUGUCUUGUCAUGUCUGAAAUACUACCUGGCAAUAUCAGAGCAAAGGCAAUGGCAAUUUGCCUGGCUGUGCAUUGGGUGAUAAACUUCUUCGUGGGUCUAUUUUUUUUGCGCUUGCUGGAGCAAAUUGGGGCGCAACUCCUGUACUCUAUUUUUGGUUCAUUUUGUUUGAUAGCGGUGGUUUUUGUGAAGAAAUAUAUUCUGGAAACAAAGGGGAAGUCACUUCAGGAAAUUGAAAUUGCACUUCUUGCUCAAGAAGUGAACUUAACAAGCUAA